AUGUACUUGAAGCACUGUGUUGGUCGGGACUCAGGAGGCCUUAGAGGAACGGAUUUUGAGGGGCCAGCCGCGUCUGGGGAUGGGCUUGGGGGAGGGCAGGGAGAGGGAGGGGAUGGUGCUGUUGCUGUUGCGGUCUCAGUCACAGCUGGUAACGAGGAGGCUUUAGAGGAGCGGAUUUUGGGCGGCCGGCCGCGUCUGGGGAUGGGCUUGGGGGAGGGCACGGAGAGGGAGGGAAUGGUGCUGGUGCCGUGGAGAAAGCGGGUGGUGCAGGUAGAGGGGAUGAUCACCCGUUGGUUCUCUGGAUGGGAGUAA